UUUUUGCAUUACCUCAUUAUUCUAGCUUAAAUAUGGAAUCAGUCCUUUUGAUGGUUUUACUGGUUGUAAUUAUAUUAAUACGAUUCAUUUUGUGGUCCUGUCUUAGUGCUUAUAUAGAUUAUAAACUGUCCCAAAGGUUUCCUGACACAAAAAAAGAGGACUGAGAGACUUCAAAAGGCUCAUUCAGGUUUGAAUUGACAAUGGGGAGAGCUGGGUAAGGUAAAUGGAGCUACAGCAGCUUUUACCUUGGGAUCUGAUGAGAGAGAAAUGACCUGUUGAGACUGCAGCUGAGUGAAGAUCCUUCAGAAAGCCUCAUGCUGACAACUGAUUGAAUCAAAUGACUUCCUGUCCAACUUGGGCAUGAAUUUGCUGUUGGGAACAGACUUGUGGACUUCUGCCAAUUAAAUGAUGUGGAUAAUCUGGA